CGCCGAUGCUUGCGGCUGGAGCUCCCGCGAGUUUUCCCCGGUGGCCCUCGCCUCGCUCCGCCUCCUCCCUCUCCCCAGGUCCUAGCCUCCCCUCUGCCUUUUCCACAUGCACACAGGCUGGUCCUCCGGGUGUGCAUGCCCUGCUAGAGACGAACGAUAGCUGCAAGCAGUGCUCUCCUCCAGCACCCCCGAGUAGUGGGCUGGCAAAGGCACCGUAUAAUUAGCAGGCCUUGGAAAAUGGGAGAUGGACCAGGAGUUGGAAUUUAUACAAGAACUUUUGGGAUGGACCGGUAUGCAGAUGUGUUAGAGGGUGAAGUGGACCACUCUUUCUUUGAUAGUGAUUUUGAGGAAGAGCCAAAGAAAGAAGAAAACCCUGUUGUAGCCAAUGGCAAAGAACAUAGUGAGCUCAUAAAAAAAGGAGGUAUACAGAUCGCCAAAUCAGACUCAGAAUCAGAAACGAAACUGAAGCAGGAACACAGUGCUGAGAAUGAAAGUGAAGAGAAAAAGAGAGAGUCACCAAAGGAACAUUCCAUAAAUGGUGGCACUGACCAUAGUGGGAAUACUUCAUCACAGUCAGUUUCUUUAAGUUCAGAAAAUGCAAGUACGUCUGGUAGAAAUUCUGCGCUAAGUAGAAUACGCGUAAACAUUCCAGCUGGGAUCCCCAAAAUAGUUAGAGAAGGUGAGGAGGAUUAUUAUACAGAUGAAGAAGACAGUAGUGAUGAUGGCAGAAAACAAAGGGUUAGACCUAAAUCAGUUAAGCAAUCCAGUAACAUGAAGAAAGUUAACAAAAAGUAUACCAAUAUUAGCUCCUCAUCAUCCUCUUCCUCCUCCUCAAGUUCAGAUACAGAUGGUUCAGAUAUAGAUUCUGAUAGCUGCAUAUCAGAUUCAUCACACUCUUCCUCAAAGAGAAGUAUAUGUAACGUGGCUCUUCUAUCUCCAAGACAAAAAUUGAGGCCGGGAAUAAAGUCAGUGGAAGUAAAACCAAAGCUUAGUGAAUACACAGAGGAGUCUGAAGAUACAGUGACUGAUGUAACACCUCUGUCAACACCAGACAUCAGUCCUAUCCAGUCUUUUGAACUUGCAGCAUCAAAUGAUAAGAAACUGAAAGUAAAAAGACAAGAAAAUGUGAGCCAAGAUUUACAGGAUGCUGAGUUUGAACGCAGACAUAAUCAAAAGGUCUUGCAUGAUGCUGUGGACCUGAAUCAGCUUUUGAAAGCUUUUCUACAUUUGGAGAAAAAGGAACAGCAACAACUCGUCAUUGAUCAGCCUACUUCAGGGUCAAGGAAAAAUUACUCUUUCACAAAUGAGGAAGUAAGACAAAUUGAUAGGGAAAACCAAAGGCUCUUAAAAGAAUUGUCCAGACAAUCUACAAAGCCAAGGAGCAAAAGUGCCACUCUGAAGAAACCUGCUGGCCUGCCACCUAAGUUGUACCAUAGUGCUCUCAACAGGCAAAAGGAGCAGCAAAGGAUUGAAAGAGAGAAUCUGGCUCUUCUAAAGAGACUGGAAGCAGUGAAACCAACAGUUGGUAUGAAGCGUUCUGAACAGCUCAUGGACUAUCAGCGUCAUAUGGGUUAUCUCAGUUCUUCACCGUCCACAAGACGAGGAAAGUCUGCUCUAAGCCAGCUUAGCUCUUCAAGAGGAGCGUCAAGAGCAUCUAGUGCGUCCAGUACAGUCAGUCAUAGGACUGAGAGACCAGUUUCUGAUGCAUCUAGUGGGGCGUUACGGAGACCAAAGCCCACUAAUGUUCAUGCUGCUUGGUUAUAAAUUGUUUGUACUUUGCCCAGAGUUCUUACUUGAUCGCCAGACUUAUAUUUCUAUUGCUUUUGUAGAUUAUCUCUGUGCAAGAAUAUUGUCAUCGUUGUUUGCUGAUUAAAGUGCACUGCUGUGUGGUGUAAUUUCUUGUAAAUUGAUUUUAAAUGGACAAUUUCACUUUAAUCAGUGUUUCCUGAGAGAGGAUGCAUUUAUAAAAGAGAGAGGUGAAAACUGAAAUAGCAAAUUAUUUUUAUUUGCAAAGCACAAAUGACGUUCACACUUGUGAGGGAUGGAAAUGCUGCGCUUUGGUUCCAAGAUGUAAAAGUUUAAGUUUUUAAUUAAAUCUUUAAUUUGCAAUAAACUUUCAAGUAUGUGCUUAGUUUGUAAAUGGUCCUCACUUUUCAUCCUUGUUUGAUCUUCAGAACUUCUAGAUCAUGCAAUAAUGGCUCAAAGUGUUUUCUUUUUAUUACAGUUUGUGGAAAUGUUUUUGAUAAAAAGUAGAUCUAUAUGUUUUGUUUUUCUUAUUGAUGCAGGAAGAGGGUAUAUAAACAUCUGAUUGUUGUGCAGAAUAGUGGAGGAAAUCUACCUUGUAGCAGCAACAAAGCCAUUCUGGUUCCACAGCAGUAGCACUUCCUUUCGUGUGAGUGAGCUAAAAUGUUG